CGUGAUUGGCUGCUCGACCGGAAGUAAACAUCAUGUGACGACGCCAAUCAGCUGAUCCUCCGUAGACAUCUUUACGAGUCACGACUGCGGCGAUUUAAUUCAUACCUCCUCGUCUUUGAUUUUUGGGCCUGCACGGACCUCUGACAGCUGCAGCCAUGGCGCUUAGCGAUGCCGACGUUCAGAAGCAGAUCAAGCACAUGAUGGCCUUCAUUGAACAGGAGGCCAACGAGAAGGCAGAAGAAAUUGAUGCAAAGGCAGAAGAGGAGUUCAACAUUGAGAAGGGCCGUCUGGUCCAAACCCAGAGGCUGAAGAUCAUGGAGUACUACGAGAAGAAGGAGAAGCAGAUCGAGCAGCAGAAGAAAAUUCAGAUGUCAAACCUGAUGAACCAGGCUCGCCUGAAGGUGCUGAAGGCCCGGGACGAUAUGAUCUCGGAAAUGCUGAACGAGGCCCGCCAACGGCUCGGGAACAUCGCAAAAGACCCAGCCAGGUAUCCAGCUCUGAUGGACGGCUUGAUCCUACAGGGAUUGUAUCAGCUCCUGGAGCCCAAAGUGACAAUUCGCUGCCGUAAACAGGACGUGCAGAUGGUACAGGCUUCCAUCCAGAGGAAUAUUCCUAUUUAUAAAGCCGCUGUGAAGAUCAACAUCGAGGCCCGCAUCGACCAGGACAACUUCAUCCCCCCCGACGUUGCUGGAGGCGUGGAGAUCUAUAAUGCUAACGGGAAGAUCAAGGUGGCCAACACGAUGGAGAGCAGACUGGACCUCAUGGCUCAGCAGAUGAUGCCUGAAGUCCGAGUGUCUCUCUUCGGCGUUAACCCCAACCGCAAGUUUCUGGACUAAGUGGCUCCGCUGUGUUCGAGAAAAUCUCUCCUUGUUAUUUUGUAUUUCUUCUUUUGUCACAAGAAAGACGUCAUUCCUCUGUCUGUGAAACAAAUCUCCGAUGCAAAAGAUAUUGUUGUGUGAUGUAUUGCUGUAUUUUUCUGUGCAUUAAGGGACAAUAUAGACGCUGCAGCUCAACAUUACAGACGUGCAUUGUGGGUACUGCACAGUUGUUUACUCCGCUGCUCCCCUUUGUCCUCUAAUUGGAUCAUGACAAACACAGCUUUCGUGUCGGUAACCUCUGCCCCACGUGUUAUAAGUUGCAUGGGGCAUUGUGUUGCUAAUGGAUGUCUGCUCCAACCAAUUACUGAGAAAGUAAAUGGCAUCCUGGAAGCAAAGCUGAGGGCCGUACACGACGUUGCAGAGUUAAUUUAUUGGUGUUCUGUCAUGAAUUAAACGAGUGGCUGAUAUCAUUCCAGAGGGUCCACUGUGUGUAUAUGACGUAUCCUGAUUAAAUUAUGUGUGGUUGUUGUUUUGUCUUUUUUUGUCUUAAACUAAAGAUGUUAUAUUGUGGAAAUGUUAAAUGAAAUAAAAUUAUAAAUCAUUA